AUGGGGGACCUAAAUGCGAAGGUCGGAAAGGGAAGCUCGUCGGAGAUGGUUGGGAGCUUUGGAUUGGGGCAAAGAAAUGACAGAGGGAACAGGCUAAUAGAGUUCUGUCAGGAAAACAAGUUUGUAAUCUUAAAUACCUUGUUCAAGCAACCCCCGCGAAGACUAUACACGUGGACAUCUCCCCAACACAAUAAUGACAACAUAGUGCGAAACCAGAUUGUCUACAUCAUGGUGAACCAGAGAUUCCGCAGCUCAGUCAAAAAUGCAAAGACGUACCCCGGCGCUGACAUAGGAUCUGAUCAUAAUCCUGUGUUAAUUGAUUUCUCUAUGACACUCAAGCUCACGAAGAAAAGAAAACCAACACCACAAGUUGAUGUGCAACAAUUAAAACAAGAGGCAAAGAAAAACUCCUUACAGAUCGAGCUUAACGCCAACCUCCAACGAAUUAACCGAGGCCAGCGGACAGCAGAUAAUAUUGACGCGACCUGGACUGAAAUAUCUUAUAUACUAAAGGAGGUCACAACUGAACACCUUAAGUCAGAGACUAAGAAAAAGAAAGAAUGGAUGACCAGAGAAAUUCUAGAUCUAAUGGACAAGCGCCGGGAAUGCAAAAACAAAAACCCAACAGAAUAUAGACGCAUCCAUUCAAUUAUUCAGCGGAAAAUCAGAGAAGCAAAAGAGAACUGGAUGAGGGAAAGGUGUGAGGAAAUAGAAGACCUACAGCGUAAACAUGAUGGUUUCAACCUGCACAAAAAAAUUAAAGAAUUAUCUGGAGCAAAUAAGCGACAAGCACCAUAUAGACUGUUUGAUAAUAACCACCAGCAAGCAAAAGAUAUCUCUGAGGAAAUAGUCAUAUGGAAAAAUUAUAUCCGAGACUUAUUUGCCGACUUAAGAGAAGAGCCAUCCACUAGCAAUAAUAACGAAGGUCCUACCAUAAUUAAAUGUGAACUUGAACGCGCUAUCAACCAACUAAAGAACAAUAAAAGCCCAGGACCUGACAAUAUUUACUCAGAAGUUAUUAAGUUAAUUGAUGAAGAAAACUUGGAUCUCUUCUUAAAACUACUUAAUCAAAUAUAUAAAUCUGGCAAAAUUCCGACAGAAUGGCUGGAAUCUACAUUCAUUCCCAUUCCCAAAAAGCCGAAUCCUCGUCAAUGCAAUGACUUUAGGUUGAUUAGUCUGAUGAGCAACGCCCUGAAGAUCCUUCUCAGAAUUAUCCACAAUCGAAUCCGGGAGAAAUGCGAGCAGGGAUUUAUGCGAUAUAGGCGGCUCCUCUCUGAUUCAUAUUUGGACCUGGGCCUACGUCUGAGACUGGUACGAUGUUACGUCUGGCCUAUCCUGUUGUACGGCGUUGAAUCAUGGACGCUGAAGGCGGCCAUGAUGAAUAGAUUGGAGGCGUUUGAACUCUGGUGCUACAGACGAAUGUUGAGGAUCCCUUGGACAGACAGAAUUACGAACGAUGAAGUACUUCAAAGAGUGGGUGGCCACCUACUCAGGCACGAAGAGUAUGAGUUGCCACGACUGAUAGUUGAGGGAAAGCUGGAAGGAAGGAGGGGUUUAGGAAGAAAGCGACUGUCCUGGAUGCGAAACAUCAGAAACUGGACCAGCCUGAACUUUGAACAAGUAAUAAGAACGGCACAGGAUAGACAAGCAUUUGCCAAUGUGAUCGCCAACCUUCACUGA